AUAUCGUUCAGUCCACUCGCAGGAAACACAGCAUUAAGACGCAGCAUACAGACAUUAUUGACUUUAUCAUAGAUAAAUUAUUUUUAUUAUUCGCAACUUAAAAUUUUCUGAAAAAGUAUAAAUACGCGACUUUUAAUGUGACUGAUAGCAUUUUAUAAAAAAAAAAAUUGUGAAGAGGAAAGUCGAGCCCAUGCACAGAAACGGUUGAUACUAGAAAAUAUACUUUUAUAUUAAAAGUUUCAAUGUUGACCAGAGUUUUAAAAAUAGUUGUAAAAGAUUCCAAUCAAAAGUGAAAUUUCGUUUAAAAUAUUAUAUAAAACGUGCUAUUAAACGUGCCCCUAAAAAUGUUCGAUUUCCCGACGGAGAAUCCAAAAUAAAAGGAUUUGAGUUACUCGUAAAAUCGAAACGGUCUUUAAUAUAUGGAGACAAAUUUUAAUAAAAUGGACGCCUACGCUUUACCAACAUAUUUUCCCCUUGCAUAUUCUGAACUGCAGUUUCUAGCAUCCAGGCGAGCUGCUGCCGUUGCUGCCGCUGCAACAGUCUUACCAGUAUCCCCAUGCAUUAACCACGUACACACAACAGACGUUUCCAGCUCAGUUACAGUUCCAUCCAUGAUACAAACGGUUGAAGCUUCUGAUUCAAUUAAAACAGCAACGACUAUUCAACCACCCAUAUGUAAUGGAAACACUCUUCUUGCUAAUUCUACUGGCCACCAUCAGAAUCAUCAGGGCCAACACGUUCAUAGCUUAAAUGUUACUGGACAGCCUCAUGCACAUGAGUUUCAUCCAGCCUAUAGAAUCCCUGGAUAUAUGGAGCAAUUGUAUUCUCUUCAAAGAAAUGGUUCAACCACUUCAUUUCAUGAUCCUUAUGUUAACUGUGCGUCAGCUUUUCACCUUGCGGGACUGGGGUUGGGAUCAGGAGAUUUUUUGGGCACCCGAGGAAUGGGCUCACUGGGUGAUCUCCAUCAUGCGGCUGUAGCAGCAGCGGCUGCAGGAUCUCUAGCCAGCACUGAUUUUCACUUCAGCAUUGAUGGCAACAGGCGAUUAAGUAGUCCUCGGCCGCCCGGCGGAAGUAUUCGUGCAAGCAUCAGCAGAAAACGAGCGCUUUCCUCAUCGCCUUAUUCGGAUUCGUUUGACAUUAACUCAAUGAUUCGAUUUUCACCAAACUCCUUAGCCACAAUUAUGAAUGGCUCUCGAGGAAGCAGCGCGGCAAGUGGUUCAUAUGGUCAUAUUUCAGCUAGUGCUAUUAAUCCUAUAUCUCAUGCACAUUCAACAUUGGCACCACGUCUACAGCAUUUGUUACGUGCAAGUGCAGGUCUUUUAAAUCCGAUGAAUACACAACAAGCAGCUGCGGCCGGGUUUUCUAUAAGCCACGCUGCAAGCGCUGCAGCCUUAAGCCUCAACGACGUUCAUGGUAAUCUAAAUGAUUUACCAGGCCAAAUAACACCAUCUUCAACAGCAAGACUAGUAGCGGAUGAACAUAAAAUGGCAGCACUCUCGCAAAAGGACUUUAAUGACGGAAACCAGAGAAAUCGUCAGAGGAAAAGUACUGUCACUGAGCAGCCCUCAUCAACAUCAGGAAGCGUGGCCCAAGUAGAAGCGGACAGCGCAUCGUCACAUUUGUCUGAUCGCUGUUAUAACAACAUAGCAAGUACUACCAAAAGUAUUGUUGGUGAUGUGAAAACAAGCAGACGCUGUGAAGACUUUAUAAGUAGUGGAUCAGCUUCGACUCCAUUAAAUGAAUAUGAUUGUGCCAACGCUGAUACGACGGAUAUUAAAGAUGAACCUGGAGAUUUUAUAGAAACAAAUUGUCAUUGGCGAAGUUGUUGUAUUGAAUUUAAUACGCAAGAUGAGCUUGUUAAACAUAUCAAUAAUGACCAUAUCCAAACCAAUAAGAAGGCCUUUGUCUGUCGAUGGGAAAAUUGUACCCGUGGUGAAAAACCUUUCAAAGCGCAGUAUAUGCUAGUUGUGCAUAUGCGUCGUCAUACCGGCGAAAAGCCACAUAAAUGCACAUUUGAAGGCUGUUUUAAGGCAUAUUCACGCUUGGAAAACCUAAAAACACAUUUACGGUCACACACAGGUGAAAAACCCUAUAUGUGCGAGUAUCCGGGAUGCAGCAAGGCGUUUAGUAAUGCAAGCGAUCGUGCAAAGCAUCAAAAUCGUACUCACAGUAAUGAGAAACCGUACAUUUGUAAAGCUCCUGGUUGCACGAAACGUUACACCGACCCAAGUUCUUUGCGUAAACAUGUUAAAACAGUUCAUGGUGCUGAGUUUUAUGCUAAUAAAAAACACAAGGGAUUGCCCCUAAAUGAUGCGAACUCUCGCCUCCACCGAGACAGUGGCCAAGGUCGGCAUAAUCUUCAAGAGCAUAAUAUUGACUCUAGCCCUUGCAGCGAAGAACUUCAGGUGGGAAAACUUAUAGGCAUGUCUAGUCCCAGUAUUAAAUCUGAAUCUGAUGAAAGUUCACCACAUCAUCAGUUGUUAAGUGGAGUUCGAGCUUCAGACUGUUUUUUAACAUAUUCACAAGAUGGUGCCGCCGAACAUAUAACUUUAGAUGACGGCUGGGAUUGUGACGAUGACGUUGACGUGGCCGACUUACCAAUUGUCUUGCGUGCUAUGGUAAAUGUUGGCAGCGGAAAUUCGAUGGCCCCGACCAUUGGAGGGGGUGUUGUUGCGAGGCAGCGAUUUAGAAGUCGUUUGCAAACUAAAGGAAUAAACUCUAGUAUGGUUAUGCUUGGCAACAUCCCCGAAAGCAAUCGCACCAUUGGAAUAAGCGAACUUAACCAGCGUAUAACAGAACUUAAGAUGGAGCCUGGUACCGCUUGUGAUAUUACAGUUCCAUUGAAUACGGGGCUGGAAAGGAUUUCAGAAGACUUAUCACAAAAUCAAUCAAAUAUAACAUUAAAUAAGCAAAGCUUCUUUACCGCUUCCGGCUCUCUCCAAGGACAUUUUCGUCGCGAUAGCCAGAACUCCACUGCAAGUACAUAUUAUGGUAGCAUGCAAAGUCGCCGCAGUAGUCAAUCAUCUCAGGUGUCUUCUAUAUCUACAAUGCGUCCAGGCCCAUCGUACAACACAACCACAGCUUCCCUCUAUGAUCCAAUUUCCCCAGGAUGCUCUCGACGCUCUAGCCAAAUGUCUAAUGUAGUCAACUCCUACGCACUUACAUCAACAUCAGGAUUGACUGCAAUUAACAAGGACUUAAAUGCAAACAGCAGCCCAAAUGCUUCUAUUAAUAAACCGGGUCUUGGUGGUCAGUACUUUGGUUUUUACAAUAACAGUCUUCCUCCACCUCCAUCGUCUCAUUUAAUUGCCACCAAUUUGAAGCAUCUGCAGGACACAGACUCUAGGAGUUGUUAUCACAACACAACUGGCGGUCGAUUUUCCAUUCCCAAUUGUACGCCAUCUCUACAUUUAGACUACAAUGGACCGGCUGGAGAGCAGGAAAUUGAUAAAGAAAUCCCGAAUAACAUAUUACGACGUCAAUCUGAGCCAAUGCCAAACAUAAGUUUGGAUACACUAACAAAUGUUUCUCCUUUAAGUGGCCCACUGCAAAAUUUGCAGUUUCCCAUUGGAAAGGCUAGGAACGUGAAUAUAACAUCGUCUAGUAACGAGAAUACUUUAAGAAAGGGACCUUGCCAUGCUACAAUGAAGACUGAAAUGACAAUGACCAGCGAGCAGCAUCCAAAUGAGAGAAUAAAUUUGGAUGAAGUUGAAGAGCUUAUACUUCCCGAUGAGAUGCUUCAGUAUUUAAAUUUGGUGAAGGACGAUCAAAAUUAUAUGGAGAAAGAUGAUGUUGCUAUAAGGUCAACUGUACCUAAAACCAUAAAAUCAAACGAAAACCUAUUACUUUCAAAGUCAAAUUUAAAUCCAAUAAAAAAACAAAUUAUACUACCGACUUCGAAUUUUGAUGUAUCAAUAAAUUUACAACCAAAUACAUCGAACUUGCAAACGCAAGAAGAGCAUACAAUGACAACGAUUGGGGGUUUACCUAGCCAGAGGGAACAAAAUAUAGUGCCACACCAGCAUGAGAAAACGAAAUGCAGAAGCUUUCCCCAAGAGAUAGACAAAACUAUAAAUAUUGAUAUUGGUUUCAAGGAACAACCAUACCCAUCAUCAGCCUAUCAACCACAGAUAACUAAAUCAAAUCAAAAUGAAAUCAUUGACUCAUCAAUGACAAGCUUGCCCGAGCUAAAUCCAAUAUUUACAAAAAUAAACUCAGAAAAUGUUUCCAAACUACAUAGAGACCAAAAUAGCGAGAUUCAAUGCGGCAUAGUAAGUCAGUCUCAAAUGUCUCCUUCUAUAAACAUAAAUAACGAUGGAGAAACUUCCACCUUAAAGAAUCUACCCUUAACCUAUUCAAAAUUUUCUGGUCAGCCGAACACACAAACGACGGUUGGUGGGAGUAAUACGAGCUCAAUGGUGUCAGAUACAUACCAGCGCACUUUGGAAUACGUACAAAGUUGUCAGAACUGGGUGGAUACAAACAACUCAUCUGGCGAUCAAAUUCAAUCAAAUAAUACAUUGUGGUCUGAUGUUAGCAGUUCUACACAUCCGUAUGCCGGGACAAAUUUGGUAAUCAACGAUAUGACAACAUCCCUGACUUCUUUGUUGGAGGAGAAUAGAUAUCUUCAUAUGAUGCUGUAGAAAAAUCUAACAAAAGAAUUCUAUCUAUAUACAAAAGUCAGUCACAAUAUUAACCCUAUUUAUUUACCAACAGAAUUGCAAACCAUGUCAAAAUUUACAUAAUUUUUGUACUGCAAUUUUUAAAUUUCGGUCGAAAAUCUUAAUAAUAUAAAUGAUUUCGCCCGAACAUAAUUCAGAAUCACCAUACAAGAUGAUUUAUGCGCAAUAAAUAUGUCUUCCGAAUAAUCAUAAAUUCCUUAAAAUCCUUCUUUGUAAUUAAAUAUUUUAAUGAA